AUGGGGUGUGGGACGAGCUCUCUGGCCCUCAAGUGCCGGGGCUCCCACGGGUGUCCGAGCUUGGGGCCCUCCGCUGGCUGGCUGUCACCUCCUGGGGCCUGGCUGCCAGGCCGCGGGGGACUCCGAGGCGGGCAGACACUGAUUGGCUGUAGCGGCUCCUGCCCAGGAACAGCUGUGUCACCGACGGGCGGGCCGGGCCCACCAGCGAUGGCCGAGAUGGUCCCUCUCCAGGCGGAAACCCUGGAACAGCCCCCGGGGUGGGACCUGUGCCUGGAGAGUCGUCUCACUAGCGGAACCAGCCUGUCAGCGCAGGUCACUGAACAAAAUUCACCAAAAAGUGGGGGCCGAACAGGAAAGGGCUGCACCAGGGCCAUUAAGGGUGGUGCGGACAGAAGCCAGCAAACGCUGACGCGCGUGCGGGACGCUGGGGCAAGCUCGGCAGCCGGGCGAGAUUCACGCCGAGAGCCCGGUGUGGCCGGCGUGCCGACUGGAAGCUCGCACCUGAAGGUCACCGGCCACGGUGCCGGCUCGCCUCGCCACUCGGGACUGUCGCUACAGUCGGAUGAGCCAGAGCCAUUUACUGACCUGAACGGAAGCGAAGAGAUUCAUAGGCUGUACGUGUGCGCGCACAUACACGUGCAUGUGCGUGCAUCCGUGUACAUGUCCUCUGGCGUGAAGACCCGUGUGUCUGCAGACGUCUACGACCGACACGCCCCGAGAGGCUCCCGGAGAUGCUGCUGCUCUCGACGCGGCCUGCGGGUCCAGGCAGCUCCUGGGCGCAGCCCAGCAGGCGUCUCACCAACGCUGGGAGCAGAGCCCGAACCUCAUGCAGGAGCGCGGUUGGGAGCGGCCAGGACCACCCUGGACAACGGGUCUGGAGCCUCGCUGACUGUUCGGGCGAGUGACAGAGCUCGACUGACCAAGACAGUGCAGGCUCAGCACGCAGACCGUGGGACCCAGACGGAGGGCCAGGCUCACGCGAAUGAAAACUACCAGAACUCCAAAGCACGGAGGGGCGAGGACGACGUACGAAUAGUGUUGGAUCUGGCUUGCUUCGCCCUGAGGUCGGGGUCCCUGCUGGAAGAUGAGUACGCCCGUUUGGAUGAAAUGCCACUGAUGAUGUCUGAGGAAGGCUGUGAGAAUGACGAAGGUGACUACCACACACUGCCGCGGGCGAGGGCCGCGCGGAGGGGACGACGGCCGGAGCGCGCGCUCUGCGGAGGGUGGCAGUCCCUCUGCGCCAGUUGCUGCGAUUGGCUGAUAAAUGUCUGUCAGAGGAAGAGAGAGCUGAGAGCUCGCACCGUAUGGCUUGGGCAUCCUGAGAAGUGCGAAGAAAAACAUCCUAGAAAUAUCAUCAAAAAUCAAAAAUACAAUGUGUUUACCUUUAUACCUGGGGUUUUAUAUGAACAAUUCAAGUUUUUCUUGAACCUCUAUUUUCUGGUAGUCUCCUGCUCACAGUUCGUACCAGCAUUGAAAAUAGGCUAUCUCUACACCUACUGGGCUCCUCUGGGAUUUGUCUUGGCUGUUACUAUCACGAGAGAAGCAAUCGAUGAAUUUCGGCGUUUUCAGCGAGACAAGGAAGUGAAUUCACAACUAUACAGCAAGCUUACAGUACGAGGUAAAGUGCAAGUUAAGAGUUCAGACAUACAAGUUGGAGACCUCAUCGUAGUGGAAAAGAAUCAAAGAAUUCCAUCGGACAUGGUGUUUCUUAGGACUUCAGAAAAAGCAGGCUCGUGUUUCAUUCGAACUGAUCAACUCGACGGGGAGACGGACUGGAAGCUGAAGGUGGCGGUGAGCUGCACGCAGAGGCUGCCGGCCCUGGGGGAUCUUUUUUCUAUCAGUGCUUAUGUUCAUGCUCAGAAGCCACAACUGGAUAUUCACAGUUUUGAAGGCACAUUUACCAGGGAUGACAGUGACCCGCCCGUGCAUGAAAGUCUCAGCAUAGAAAACACCUUGUGGGCAAGCACCGUCGUUGCAUCGGGUACUGUAAUAGGUGUUGUCAUUUAUACUGGAAAAGAGACUCGAAGUGUACUGAACACAUCCAACCCAAACAAUAAGGUUGGUUUGUUGGACCUUGAACUCAACCAGCUGACCAAAGCGCUGUUUCUGGCACUAGUUGCCCUGUCGGUUGUCAUGGUCACCUUACAAGGCUUCGUGGGCCCGUGGUACCGCAACCUGUUCCGCUUCCUCCUCCUCUUUUCCUACAUCAUUCCCAUAAGUCUGCGUGUGAACUUGGACAUGGGUAAAGCGGCAUACGGCUGGAUGGUCAUGAGAGACGAGAACAUUCCUGGCACAGUCGUCCGGACCAGCACCAUCCCGGAGGAGCUGGGGCGCCUCGUUUAUCUGCUCACGGACAAGACAGGAACCCUCACCCGGAACGAGAUGGUGUUUAAGCGGCUGCACCUGGGCACCGUGUCCUACGGCACAGACACGAUGGACGAGAUCCAGAGCCACGUCAGGGCUUCCUGCUUGCAGCUGCCUUCCCCAACUGGUGGAAACAGCACCAGUUCAACUCCACCAAGAAAAGCCCAGCCUUCAGCUCCCAAAGUUAGAAAAAGUGUCAGCAGCCGAGUGCACGAAGCAGUGAAGGCCAUUGCGCUGUGCCACAACGUGACGCCGGUGUAUGAGUCACGAGCCGGCGUCACCGCGGAGACCGAGUACGCGGAGGCGGACCGAGACUUCACUGACGAGAACCGCACCUACCAGGCCUCCAGCCCCGAUGAGGUCAGUCGGCCUCUUAGGCAGCAUCUCACGAUGUCGCCGUGUGUGUUACCUUGGACUCGAAGGCAUGAGCGUGAGUCCUCACUGGGGGGUGAACGGGGGGCUCUUCCCCCCUGGCUGUGUCUCGGCACCAAUGGGAGGGAACAGCAGGUGGCAGCUGUCCCGAGCUCUGGGCCACGCGUGCCCAGAUGUGGAAACAUGGCCCGCGAAGGGCUGCGCACGCUCGUGGUCGCGAAGAGGGUGCUCACGGAGGAGCAGUACCAGGACUUCGAGAGCCGCUACACUCAGGCCAAGCUGAGCGUGCACGACCGGACACUCAAGGUGGCAGCAGUGGUGGAGAGCUUGGAGCGGGAGAUGCAGCUGCUGUGCGUGACGGGCGUGGAGGACCGGCUGCAGGCGGACGUGCGGCCCACCCUGGAGAUGCUGCGGAACGCGGGCAUCAAGAUAUGGAUGCUGACGGGCGAUAAACUCGAGACAGCGACCUGCAUCGCCAAGAGUUCACACUUGGUGUCCAGAACGCAGGACACCCACAUCUUCAGACCGGUGAGCAGUCGAGGAGAGGCCCACCUGGAGCUGAAUGCCUUUCGCAGGAAGCAGGACUGUGCACUGGUCCUCUCGGGGGACUCCCUGGAGGUCUGUCUGCGGUACUACGAGCACGAGCUCAUGGAGCUGGCUUGCCAGUGCCCCGCCGUGGUGUGCUGCCGCUGCUCGCCCACGCAGAAGGCCCGCAUCGUGAAGCUGCUGCAGACGCACACGCACAAGCGCACCUGCGCCAUCGGUGACGGAGGCAACGACGUGAGCAUGAUCCAGGCCGCCGACUGCGGGAUCGGCAUCGAAGGGAAGGUGCGUGUGUCCUCCGCCACGCUCGUCAGCGCACGCCUACGCGCCUGCUCUGGGCCCGCCAGGGCACGGGCGGAGGGGCAAGGCUGGCCAGGCCCUCUGCCAGCACCUGAAGACCUGGGACAGAACCUGCUCCCGGUCUUGGUUCUCCCCUGGCUGCUGUGCUCCUGGCGCCUGGCGCCGGCUCUGGCCGCGUCCGCGCUUCCCUCCCCGGGGCCUCGGCGGCUGUGGGGUGGCAGACCGACCGCGCGGCCUUCCCUCCCGCAGGCCGUGUUCUCCUCCGUCUUCUACUUCGCGUCCGUGCCGCUGUACCAGGGCUUCCUCAUGGUGGGGUACGCGACGGUCUACACCAUGUUCCCCGUGUUCUCACUGGUGCUGGACCAGGACGUGAAGCCCGAGGUGGCCAUGCUGUACCCGGAGCUGUACAAGGACCUCACCAAGGGCAGAUCCUUGUCCUUCAAGACCUUCCUCGUCUGGGUUUUGAUCAGCGUGUACCAAGGCGGCAUCCUCAUGUACGGGGCCCUGGUGCUUUUCGAGUCCGAAUUUGUCCACGUGGUGGCCAUCUCCUUCACGGCCCUGAUCCUCACCGAGCUGCUGAUGGUGGCUCUGACCAUCAGGACGUGGCACUGGCUCAUGGUCCUGGCCGAGUUCCUCAGCCUGGGCUGCUACGUGGCCUCGCUCGCUUUUCUCAAUGAGUAUUUUGAUGUGGCCUUCAUCACAACCGUGACCUUCGUGUGGAAGGUGUCGGCCGUCACGGUGCUCAGCUGCCUUCCGCUCUACGUCGUCAAGUACCUGAAGCGCAAGCUGUCCCCUCCCAGCUACUCCAAGCUGAUGUCCUAGGCGCCCGGUCUCCUGCUCGUGGGGUGUCCCCAGUGGCGCACGGGGGUGGUGGCCACAGGAGGCGGGGGAGGCCCAGAGCCCAGAGCCCCGGGCUGGCACUGCAGCGCCCCUGCAGGGCGCGCCCCUUCUCUCCUGUAACUUUGUAUCCCACCAGCCCGUUUUUACUGAAAAUGAGCCCGAAUCGUGUCGCUGUCGCACACCCGCCCUACUCUGGUUUCUGAGAGUUUAAAUGAAAGCUGAUUUACUACUCCG